ACCAGUGGAUGAGCUGCUGCGGUGAGUGUCUUGUGAUCUAGUGCUUGCAUCAUUGGUACUGGAUUUAAAAAAAAUUUUGUGGGUGAAUUGGUGACAAACUGGGCGGUGUGCAAACAAAAAAUAAAACGAUGGCAGAAAGUAGAGGAUCGUUAUUGGCCAAGUCCGUGCAAAAACACGCUGGAAGAGCCAAAGAAAAGAUCCUUCAAAAUCUAGGAAAAGUAGAUAGGACGGCAGAUGAAAUAUUCGACGAGCAUUUGCAAAAUUUCACAAGACAGCAGAAUGCAGCAAACAGAAUUCAAAAAGAAUUUAACAAUUACAUUAGGUGUAUAAGAGCUGCCCAAGUAGCAUCAAAAUCAUUAUUGGACGCCAUCGGGGAAACAUACGAGAGUCAAUGGACUGGACACGAUUUACUUUAUGUACAAACACAGUCGGUGGACAACUUGUGGCAGGACUUCAGUAACAAACUGGCGGACCAAGUGCUUCUUCCAUUGAAUACAUACCAAGGCCAAUUUCCCGAAAUGAGGAAAAAGAUCGACAAGAGGGGGAGAAAAUUGGUGGACUAUGAUAGUCAGAGACACAGUUUCCAGGCACUGCAAACUAACAUGAAGAAGAGGGACGACGCGAAAAUUGCAAAAGGACGUGAACAAUUAGAAGAAGCCAAGAGGACAUACGAAAUGCUCAAUUCGGAAUUGCACGAUGAACUGCCUGCUCUAUAUGAUUCCAGAAUCUUAUUUUUAGUUACUAACCUGCAAUCACUUUUCAACGCUGAACAUGUCUUCCACACAGAAUGUUCUAAGGUAUUUGAAGAAUUGGAGGCUGUCGUUGACAAAUUGGCAACUGAUAGUCAAAGAGGGUCGUAUAGUAUUAAGAAAACGAAUGGUGCUAGUCUUCCCCGUCCGACCAGUCUCAAGAACUCCACUCCACUCAUCGUCAACAACAGUUCUCCGGCUCGAGCCGACGACCUUGCACAAUCCCCUACCAAACCAGAACUGCCCCCAUUAAACUCCGAAAGCUCUUCCAAACCCUUAAACAACUCCAGUCCCCCCGCCACGCCUACUAAAAAGAACGGUGAAUCGUCCCCCGUUCCAGUCACUCCCCCGCCCGAAACGAACAGUAACAGUACCCCAGUAGUACAGCAGCUUAACGGGACAAGCACGCCUGAUGGCAUACCCUCAAAUCCAUCCCCCGAACCUGAACCCGAACAGACCCGAAAGGUUCCUGCCGCCGCGACAGCCACCGCCGCCGAUCAGGCCAAAAUUAACAAUGCCAAUACAGACAAUAAAAAAAUUGAGGAACUAUACGACAUACCCGUUGGAGCCAGUACUGAGAAUUUGCCACCUGGUGUUCUGUACAGGGUGAAGGCUACUUACAAAUAUAAUAGAGAAGACGUUGAUGAGCUAUCAUUCGAAGUCGGUGAAGUUAUCAACGUGAUAGAAUAUGAUGAUCCAGAAGAACAGGAGGAAGGUUGGUUAAUGGGCAUAAAGGAGAAUGGAGAAAAGGGCAUGUUCCCCGCCAAUUUCACAAGGCCUCUGUAAAAUAUACGAAUAAAUAUUUAUGGGAAUCAGUCACACUGAAAUAUUAUUUACAUAUAUUUCAUGUAAGAUCAAGUGCCUUAUAUUUUAUAUAGUUUUUUAUGUUUGAUUUUUAUUUAACAACGAAUAAUUACUGUUAAUUUAUUUUUAAACGAUUGUUAUCUCGUUGAGAAUCUCAGAGAUAUAUUCUACGAAUACUCAAAAACUGUUAUAAUUGCAUUUUUCAUCAAUAUUUUCUUUGUUUUCAAUUAUUUUUAAGUGUAACCAUUGUUAACAAAUAUUAGAUGAUGUAAUUACAUAUAUUAUUUUAUUGCAUUUUAUUGUUCUUUUAUAUUUUGAUGCACUAUGAACAUUUUUAAUUUAGUAUCGUAAGAUCAAAAGUAUUGCUCAAAUUUUAUAAAACUUUAUAUACAAUUUUAAAGAACACAACUAUCUAGUCACGGUGAAAAUCUUAAAUUUUUGCUCGAUUUUAUCUUCUGACGUUUUGAAAGUUUUCCAUUUGGAAAUGUUCAUAUUUGUGCCUUCCCUAUCUUGUUAUUAGUGUACAACUUGUACUACUCCCUAGAAAAUAACCUACAGAAAAUGAAACCACUAAAUAAGGAAUUUUUUAUAAAAAUUUACUUAUUAAAAUUUAAAGGUAUUUUCUAAGAAGUUUUUCUUCAUAAAUAAGUUUGUAAUGUUUGUGACGGCAGGAAAAUGAAUUUUUGUAUAAUAUUUUAAUCUAUUGAUUUUUUCUUAUUUCCUGCUGUGACAAUAGAAAACUUAUAUCAGAGUUUGUAUUUGCUAUUCUGGCGAAGGAAUGUUAUUAUGUAUUAGAUAUUCUUGUGCGAUAGAUAUAACUUAUUUUUAUUCCUUUAAUUAUGUUAAAUUUUAUUAACUUAUUAAGUAGUGUAUGUUUGAAUUACCUUAAAAUAAAGGAAGUAUUACAGUUUA